CAUAGUUGACAACACUGUUAUUUAUAAUAUAAAAGAGAAUUGGAUCUUGUUUCAGAACCUUGUUGUUUUCUGGAAGCGUUACAGAAUGGAACUAUUUUCUAAAAGAGCUUGGAAAAAGAAUAUAGUGACAGUCAUAUUCAUUCACCUGAUUGGCAUGAUUGUCUUGAUGCCUCUGGUUGCCGGAAGUACACAACCGACUGAUUCGAAAGUUACACAGCCAAAUAAUUCGACAGUUACACUGUUAAAUUAUCGGACGAUAAAACAAUCGCCAAAGACCACAGGUUCACAAGCGAAGGAUACAACGGUUGCCCAGCCGACUGAUACAAUAAUUACACAACCGAUUUCUACAACGGCUCUGAAGCAGACUUCGACAAUUAUUACAGAAACAAAUAUUAACACUAUUUCACAAUCAGCCAUUACAAUGGAUACACAACCGACUGUUACAGCAGUUACAAGAACGACCGCUGCAAGGGAAACACAAACUAAUGACAAUACUGUGACAAAAUCGACUGUGUCAACGGAUACUCAACCAACUGAUACGUCUUUUACACAGCUUAGUAAUACUACAGGGAUUUUUCAAGCGACUGACAAAAAGACUACAAAAACUACUGGUACAAUGACUGCACAAACUACAAUAAAAACAACUCCGAAGAUUACAGAUACAAAAAGUUCACAAACUACUGAUACAACAAGUCCACAGACUACUGAUACAACAAGCCCACAAACUACUGAAACAACAAAUCCACAAACAACUGAUACAACAAGUCCACAAACUACUGAUACAACAAGUCCACAAACUACUGAUACAACAAGCCCACAAACUACUGAAACAACAAGUCCACAAACAACUGAAACAACAAGCCCACAAACUACUGAAACAACAAGUCCACAAACAACUGAUACAACAAGCCCACAAACUACUGCUACAAGAAAUCCACAAACUACUGAUACAACAACUCCACAAACUCCUGAUACAGCAACUCCACAAACUACUGCUACAAGAAAUCCACAAACUACUGCAACAAGUCCACAAACAACUGAUACAACACGCCCACAAACUACUGCUACAAGAAAUCCACAAACUACUGAUACAACAACUCCACAAACUCCUGAUACAGCAACUCCACAAACUACUGCUACAAGAAAUCCACAAACUAUUGAAACAACAAGUCCACAAACAACUGAUACAACAAGCCCACAAACUAUUGCUACAAGAAAUCCAAAAAUUACUGAUACAACAACUCCACAAACUCCUGAUACAGCAACUCCACAAACUACUGAUAGAACGACAGUAAAAUCUACUAAUACAACGACUGCACAAACUACUAGUUUAACAACGGGUGCAGAAACUACUAAUACAACAACUCCACAAACUACUGAUACAACGACUGCACAAGCUACUAAUACAACGACUGCACAAACUACUGAUACAACAAUUCCGCAAACAACUGCAACAACUAUUGCACAAGUUUCUGCCACAACUAUUGCACAGGCUACUGGUUCAACAACGGGCGCACAAACUACUGAUACAUCAACUCCACAAACUAUCGAUACAUCAACUCCACAAACUACUGAUACAACAACUCCACAAGCUACUGAUACAACGACUGCACAAUCUACUGAUACAACAUCGGGCGCACAAAGUACUGAUACAACAAAUCCACAAACUACUGAUGUUACAACUCAACAAACUACUGAUACAACAACUCCACAAACUAUUGCCACAGCGUCUGCACAAACUACUGAUACAACGGGUGCUCAAACUACAGAUACAACGGGUGCUCAAAGUAUUAAUACAACAACUCUACAAACUACUGAUACAACAACUCCACUAACUAUUGCCACAACUAUUGCACAAGCUACUGCCGCCACUACUGCACAUACUACUGAUAAAUCUGUUACAGAUUCGAAUGACGCGUGGGUUACAGACACGACGGAUAUGGCGGUUACAAAAGUGACUGAGACAACGGUUAUACAACCAACUAUUACCCCGAAUAAAAUAUCGACUGAUACAACGGUUAUACAACCGACUAUUACCCCGAAUAAAAAAUCGACUGAUACAAUGGUUACACAAGCGGCUAAUACGACGCAUGUACGAGUAACUGAAACGAUUUCCUCAAAAGUGACAAAACAAAAUUCGCCUACGACAGUAACAGACAGUUCGAGCACAGAUCCCUUGAACACAGAUUCUUACUUGACCACAAUCAACAUUCUGGCUGUUUCUCUUUCUCUCGUGACCCUUGUCGCAGUAUGUGGUUUUUGCUGCCGGAAGGUUUCGGGAAAUAAACAAUCAGAACUUCAAACGAAAGAAAUAAGUAGUACGACGGCUGAGCGUAGAGAUGAGGAAAAAGUCCAAACAAUAUCCGAGCGCGUUGCAGGUACAUCAUCUGGGAGAAAUGCGUCAAAAUUUGAAAAAAGUUCUAAUAGUACUACAUCUACACGUAUUAAACGAAAGAAACGCCAAAAGUUUCGUAAAUCUUUCCCUAGACCUAACAUAUCACAAAAUGACCCGGCAAACCAGACAUCAACCUCGUUUACCAAAGAUGAAGAAGCUUACGAAAUGCAUCAACAAAUGGAUUCAGGCACUCUUUCUUCGCGUUACGUCUCUGUUCGUGGAGAAUCUACACCUCCGCUAAAGAAAGGACAGCGUAGAAGCGUCGUUGACUUGUUCGCGUCAAAAAACCAUCCCCGUUCACUUCCGUCACAUUUUGACAUUGGUCCACACACUGCAGUACAAAUGCCGUUUUCAAAAAUUAAUGUAGAACAUGAGAUCAUGGAAGCCGUGGAAGUAUCAAUGCAUUUGGAACAAAGUUACACGAUCGAAACAAGCACUCAGUCCUCACGAUCAAGCACAAUAAGUUCCCGCUUUCUUUCUGUUAGAAAUUCAAUUAAGUAGUGUUGACAAACCUUUUUGUUAAAUACGCACAUCUUAGACAUCAUUCCAUAACAAGAUUUGAUCAUACAGUACUUGAUAUGCGUGUGCACUACAUACAUACUAUUGAAAAUUCUUAUUAUAAAGUAAGUGAAUUUGUAACAAAUUUUAACAGUACACGUAUAUAGCAAAAUGUGUUAAAUCAGUGUUACCUGAGGUUUUCAAGUAAGCUACCUCGUAACAACUUCUGCAUUCCGCUAUUCUACCCUAAGGUUUGAAUCAACUGAACCUAGAGCGGUAUACAAAGUCUAAGUAUUAACUUAAAGAAGCUUAUUAUAUAAUUUUUGAUUUAUAUUGACUGUAUCUGUUGUCUUCCGAGGAAUUACAUAGCCUCUUGUAGACUUUCAUCUCCAGUUCUACUUCUAGUAAAAACUUGCCGCCGGUCUGUAUUACAACAGUAAUGUUACAUCAAACGUUUAUGUUGCCUUAAUUUAUCUAGUUUGAUUAUAAAGUCAGACAUAUUUUUCACAUGAGCCGAUAGUCCAGCGAUGGAAGCUUCAGUUCUUUCCAGACCUUCACAGUAUCAAACACCUCAGAAAUGAGGUAAAAUCGCUGAAGCAUGUCGUUGUACUUGUUUGUUUGUCUUCGUUACAGGAUUAUACACUUUAUCACCAUAAUUUAGAUGUUAUCUGAUAAAAGAAAUGUACAGCUUAUGAAGUAAAAUGUCCAUGCAUGUAACUUCCUUUAUACUCAUUAACAGUAUUAAUGACGCGCAGAUUAAAGUUAUUAUAUUCAGUGAAUAAUAUUCCCAAGUCUUUCUUUUUCAGUAUUUUCAGAAGAUAGUUUGUGCAAAUUAUUAUUUUCAUCAGUAACUCAUAAUCAAAGGACUUUCAGGCAUAGCUAACAACUUCAAUUGAAAUAGUUAUAGGAGAAGCACACAUGCUACCGGGUAUAAUAUGUUUAAAAAAGUAUGGUUAAAUUAAAUUGUUCAUGAUUGAAGAACAAUGUAUGUUUUCAAAGCGCAGAACUACCUUAGAGUUAGUUUCAAAUGUAAUUUUACUCUAAUUUAUUGAUACAUGAUUUGUUUCGUAUUGUGCUAAGCAUGUUUCCAAGUUUAUGUCAGUGCCAUGAAAUAAUGAGAGUACUUCACCUGGCGAUAUUUUGCAUAAAUUGUUAGGCUCAUAUUACGUACUCCUUUUAUUCUAUUUGACUUAUUAAAAACAUGUUUAUUUUAUCAAUACCUUGACCUGAGUGAAAUAAAGAUAUUUGUUUUUUGUCUUGUA